UCACUUUUACUGCCCUUUGAAAUUUGUGAUAAGAUAAUAAAGGUAGAUGAUUGACAUGAAUCUCGCCCACUGAUAUAUGUACAGCAAUUUCCCCUGCUAUUUUAAGUGACAUACACAAUUUACCUGGGUAUUUAUUUACAAAAAAUUAUGAGUUCACUGCAUAGACUACGUGUGCCUACCGAUUUGUUAUACAGGGAAAUAAACUGAAAAAAUAACCCCAGCUAUGGAUAAUUCGGAUAACAAAAUGAAGUUGCCACCGAUUAAGGAUAUCUUUACUUCGUACCAGAUGCCUGAGACUGGUUCUAGUCACGAGUUUAUACCGAACCCACCCCAGGGUAAAAGAGGGGAGGAACGCAUUCGACGCCCAAUGAACGCUUUCAUGGUCUGGGCCAAAACGGAAAGGAAGAAAUUAGCUCUGGAAAAUCCGGAAGUUCACAAUGCUGACCUGAGUAAAAUCCUUGGACAAAAAUGGCGAGAGCUCAGUCCUUCUCAAAAGAAGUAUUACAGCGAAGAGGCUGACAAGUUGCGAGAUCUCCACAUGCAAAAAUACCCGGAUUACAAGUACCGCCCGCGUCGGAGAAAGGCCAAGUUCAAAGUCCCCCAUGAUGACAAUCGGACUGCGUACGAUUUCGGGGAAAUCGAAGGUGUCGUGCUUAAUUCUGGUCACCUAACGCCUCCUGCCAGUCCUGUGCCAUCACAUCCGAAGAUGGUAACCCCGUUCUCUGUCUCGGAGGAAAUGAGUUUUGACCACACGAUGACCGAUGCGACUUUGAACUUCCGAGAAUACCCGGAUACUCCACCCUAUUACAACAGAUUUAAGGGUUUUGACUUUUCCGAUGGUUGUUCCAACACUCGUGUCGAAAUGUGUCAUUAUUUGCAAGAGCGACCUUUGACCUUCUUGCACGGAGCCAUGUCGUCCGCAAUUCAGUGUCCAGAGUUGGAAACUCCGGAAAACUACGUGUUGUCGUCACAAGAACUAAGAGAUGUGACAGAGAUUGACAGCACGGAGUUUGAUCAGUAUCUCAAAGCAGACGACAACGUCAAAUGCACAACAGAAACGUGAUAUUUAGAAAGUUGACUUCCAUUGCCCCCCCCCCCCCCCCAAAAAAAAGGAACAAAACCCACACCCAUUUUUUUCAAAAGUUUUACGUCAUUACAUAUAUUGUGUAUUAUUCGUAUGGUUCAAAAGGCUACAUUACGAAGUAAUAUUUGGAUAACACAAGAUGAAAUGAUUUCUCAUUAAUAUUUGUGUUAUGUCCAAAAUGACAAUUUAAGAUGAAGAACACAGGUUUCGGUAAAGCGCGAUUUACCUUAUAUGAUAUAUUUAACCCAAAAGAAUUCAUAAGCUAUGAAAGGUCACAGGGAUUAAGGAUUGUAAUCCUUUCUCGCUUUACUAUUAUUUAUCAAUAUUUUAUGAACUCUAUGUAUUCUGCUUGCCACCCUUAUUUGCUGAAGUCUCUGUGUUGUUUAAGAAUUGCUUAUUUUUUAUUUGAGCUGAAUGGACGCCUUGCACUGAAACUGUUUAUAUAAUAAUCAUUUUAUAUAAACAUCAUUUAUUUAUUUUCAUGAAUCUAAAUUAUUGUACUUUUUUACGUGAAAUGAACAUUUUUAUGUUUUAGAGAUUUUUUGGGGGAAAUAUCAAUUGCAUAUAUUUUGUGUAAUGCAAAUAUUUCUAUAAUUAGACACACAAAACAUAUAUUUUCCAGAUUCAGUAAUCUAUAUAAAUAGAGAGUUCAAAAUCAAUUAACACGGUCGUCCAAUUGACUAUGUGAUAACACGGGUCGUGGAUUCAUGAUCUGGGGUCGCGUGAUAGCGAUUAUAUGUAAUACACAUGUUGUGUAAGAAUUGUGUGAUAUUUAUUUAUUUUAUGUAAUUUGUUUGUUUGUUCCCUGCUUGAGAAAACCAUUUAUGGCUAAAUAGAACUUUUUUUUUUACAUUAAUCGAAGUAUAUUAUGAUAGAAUUCUAUUGAAAAAAAUGAUCAAUUUGAAUUGUAGACUUUACUAUGAAAUAUAUAAUGAUCUUUUUUCUUAUUAAAAGUGACCGACUUAUAAUAUUUUCUGAUGUAAUCGUAAAUUGUUUGAUGAAUUCAUAUACUCUGUAUGUUGAUGGUCUGUAGAUUCUUGAUUUUUUUGCUGUGUUUUAUAGACUUGUUAUAAUAAAUCGACUUUCAUGGAUGUCAUAUUAUUCAGUUCAUCUAAUUUUUAAUUUCAAAAUUUCUCGUUAUAAUUGUACAGUAAUGUAAGCAUGUAUGACUGUGAUUUACUUAUCAAAGGGUCAAUAUAAAUCAACACAACACC